CGUCAUGCUAAGGAAGUGCGGACGUUUCUAAGCAGUGUAGUGUGGGCCUUAGCCUACCACAGCCGGCUUUAACGCAAGCAAAGUGUCUAAAAACAGAAGUGGAUGUAAGUCUUUCACAUUGCAUGUAACCAAGACAACUGACGAGCAGCGGACUGACAAUGGGAGCCAACAACAGCACCCGCCGCGUGUCGUUUGAGUCAGACGAGAACGAGAAUAUAACAGUGGUGAAGGGCAUACGGCUUUCCGAGAAUGUCAUCAAGCGCAUGAGGGAACCCGCAGAUCCUCCACAAAAACAACAUCAUGCUCCCACUCCACCGCCAUCCACGGCACCUCCCCUAGCUCCUUCUCUCCUCCGGCCAGUGCCUCCCCUCUUUGACCCGAUCACCUCCUUGCCUCCUCCCCCUCCUCUUGUAGAACCUGUUACACCUUCAGCUCCUCCUCCUCCAGUUCCAUCUGCCACAGAGACUGUGGCUGCAUCUCCACCUCCUCCUCCUCCUCCUCCUGCAGAACAGGUAGCAGCACCCACCAUGGUUGACAUGGUGCUCCCUACUCCAUCUCCCCCAGCUACUGCUAAUGCUGCUGCUGCUGCUCCUGCUUUUGAGCCUGUAGCGGCACCUCCUCCUCCUCUCCCUGCUGCUGUCGAGACGGUAAUUUUCCCAUCCUCUCUCCCUCCUCCCCCUGCUUCUGCUCCCGCUGAUCCCAUGAUUCCCACUCCCUGCCCUGCUCCAGCUGUGGUUGAAGCUCCUCCCCUUGCAAUCAAACCAUCACCUCCUCCCUUAAAUCAACCCAUUGCUUUUGCUCCUCCAAUAAUCGAACCCAUCGCUCCUCCUCACGUGAUUGAACCUGUUGCUUCUUCAUCUGUUGCUGAAAUCAUACCACCUCCUGUCAAGAUUGAGGCCAUCAGCGCUCCCCCGCUUCCCCAAUCAGAACCCCUGUCUUCCCCUCCUGUUUUUGAGUCUGUCACCAUCUUGCCACCACCCCUCUCACCUUCAGGGGACACAUUGUCCUCUCAGCCUGCUGAGCCAUUCGCUGCACCUCCCCUUCCUGAAUUUACUGCUCCUUGUGAACCAGUUGCACCUCCUCCUCAGCCCACAGUGGAACCAGUAUCACCUGCUCCAGUCCCCGAGCCAGUGGCGGUACCUCAGGCCAGUCCAGUCCCACCACCCACUGCCGCACCAGUGGAUGAGGAGGCCCUGAGGAAGAAGAUCACUGAUGAGCUGUAUAAAGGCUUGGAGCAAGACAGGGCCAAGGCAGAGCAAGAACUGCAAGCCUGGUUAGAGGGGGAGAAGGCCCGGGCAUCAGCACAGGCUCAGGCUGAGGCUAACUCCCAAGUCCAGGACGAAGUGUCCAGGAUCCUCUCUCUGGAGCGUGCCGUGGGCCAGGAAAGUCUCCAGCAGGCUGUUAUCAGGGAGAGGAUUGCCACCGAGGAUCAGAGGCUCCGUGCUCAGCUAUUUGAGAUUGGACGCAAGGCCAAGCAGCUGGAGGCUAGGGAAGCAGAUCUAAAGAAGCAGGAUGCUUUCUACAGAGAACAGGUGGCCCGGCUCGAGGAGAGGAGUGCUCAGUUCUACAAGGUCACCACUGACAACUACCAUACAGCUGCAGACCAAGUCAAUGCCAAAUUCAGGAGGUAUGAGAUGUAUCCUGUGUGUGCAGACCUGCAGGGCCAGAUCCUCACCUGCUACAAAGAGAAUGUUGGGAAAACCCUCAACUGCUCCAAUAUCGCAGCUCAGUACCUUGCGUGUGUCAACGACACUAAACAGAAUGACAAGUAUUUGCACAGACCAUCGUGGACAGAUAAUGUAACAAGCUGAGGACUGGGGGUUAAAGACGAGGGAGGAAGAAAGAAGGAGCAAUGAAGAGUUUAUUGUGGGGGAUUACUGAUUAUCGAGCGACUGACGGCCAGACGAAACACAAAUGGAGGAAGAGAGGAAUGAGUCAGCACCAAGACACACAACCUCAGAACCCCGUGGAGAACCAAACCAGAUCCGAACCAGACUAGAGGCACUGACCACAGCACCCUGAGAGAGACCCUUUUCUCUUUCCCCACCUCUUUUACCCUUUGUAUUGUCAGUACGACGGGGGGGCGGUGACACUGUCCGACAUCCUGAAGACAGCAGGGACCAACAGGGUCCAGCAGGCCUGAGCUUGGCCCUCUGAAAGGACAAUAAAUAUCAACCAGGACCACCUCAAGAAAGCCACCCACCUCUGUCACGAGCCACUUGGAUCCAUGCCCGCUCACUCCAACACUUAGAAACAUGAAAGUCUAUUUUUCCUAGUCAGUCCUAUUUUGUUGUCUCAUCCUUUUCCUGCCCCUAAUGCAUUGCCAUGUACACGAACGCACCUGUUUCUUCUUUGUGUGACUUUUUGUGAUGUUAAUAAUAUAACUGUUGCGUAUUCAUCCAGACCAACACUUGUGAAAACGUCUGAUCAGAGGCAAAUAAAAAGACGAAACCAUG